GUCGGCGGCCAAGGAGAACCCGUGCAGGAAAUUCCAGGCCAACAUCUUCAACAAGAGCAAGUGUCAGAACUGCUUCAAGCCGCGCGAGUCGCAUCUGCUCAACGACGAGGACCUGACUCAGGCCAAACCUAUUUAUGGUGGCUGGCUGCUCCUGGCUCCAGAUGGGACCGACUUUGACAACCCAGUGCACCGGUCUCGGAAAUGGCAGCGACGGUUCUUCAUCCUUUAUGAGCAUGGCCUCUUGCGAUACGCCCUGGAUGAGAUGCCUACCACCCUCCCACAGGGCACCAUCAACAUGAACCAGUGCACGGAUGUGGUGGAUGGGGAGGGCCGCACCAGCCAGAAGUUCUCCCUGUGCAUCCUGACACCUGAGAAGGAGCAUUUCAUCAGAGCAGAAACUAAAGAGAUCAUCAGCGGGUGGCUGGAAAUGCUCAUGAUCUAUCCCAGGACCAACAAGCAGAACCAGAAGAAGAAACGGAAAGUGGAGCCACCCACCCCACAGGAGCCCGGGCCUGCCAAGGUGGCUGUCACCAGCAACAGCAGCAGCAUCCCCAGUGCAGAAAAAGUCCCUACCACCAAAUCCACGCUCUGGCAGGAAGAAAUGAGGGCCAAGGACCAGCCUGAUGGGAGCAACCUGAGUCCAGCUCAGAGUCCCAGGCAGAGCCAGCCGCCUUCUGCCAGCUCCCUGCGGGAACCAGGGCUGGAGAGCAAAGAAGAGGAGAGCGCCAUGAAUAGCGACCGCAUGGACUGUGGCCGCAAAGUGCGGGUGGAGAGUGGCUACUUCUCACUGGAAAAGACCAAGCAGGACUUGAAGGCUGAGGAGCAGCAGCUGCCCCCGCCGCGCUCCCCUCCUAGCCCUAGCACCCCCAACAACAGAAGGUCGCAGGUGAUUGAGAAAUUUGAGGCCUUGGACAUUGAGAAGGCAGAGCACAUGGAGACAGACCUGUCAGCCGGGCCCUCCCCGUCCAGCGACACUCGCCAGGGCCGCAGUGAAAAGAGAGCCUUUCCCCGGAAGCGGGACUUCAUCAGUGAAACCCCCACAGCUCCUCUCUCAGAUGCCUCGGCCUCCCCCCUGUCUCCACACCGAAGAGCAAAGUCACUGGACAGGAGGUCCACGGAGUCCUCCAUGACGCCUGACCUGCUGAAUUUCAAGAAAGGCUGGCUGACCAAGCAGUACGAGGACGGCCAGUGGAAGAAGCACUGGUUUGUCCUGGCUGAUCAGAGCCUGAGAUACUACAGGGACUCUGUGGCUGAGGAGGCAGCAGACUUAGAUGGGGAAAUUGACUUGUCCACGUGUUACGAUGUCACAGAGUAUCCAGUCCAGAGAAACUAUGGCUUCCAGAUACAUACAAAGGAGGGUGAGUUCACCCUCUCAGCCAUGACGUCCGGAAUCCGACGGAACUGGAUCCAGACCAUCAUGAAGCAUGUGCACCCAACCACCACCCCAGAUGUGACCAGUUCAUUGCCUGAGGAAAAGAACAAGAACAGCUCAGCUUUUGAAACCUGCCCAAGGCCAAAUGAAAAGCAAGAGCCAGAGCCAGGGGAGCCAGAUCCAGAGCAGAAGAGAAGCCGCGCUCGGGAGCGAAGGCGAGAGGGCCGCUCUAAGACCUUUGACUGGGCUGAGUUCCGCCCUAUGCAGCAGGCCCGGGCUCAGGAGAGAGCCAGCACCAUGGGGCCCCUUGAAGCCCGUGAGCCUGGGCAGCCUGAGUUGGAGCCAGGUGAGCUAGAGCGGGAGCGUGCGCGGAGGCGGGAAGAACGCCGCAAGCGCUUUGGGAUGCUAGAUGCUGUGGAUGGACCCAGUGUUGAGGACGCAGCCCUGCGCAUGGAGGUGGACCGGAGCCCAGGACUGCCCACUGCUGACCUUAAGACACAAAAUGUCCAUGUGGAGAUUGAGCAGCGGUGGCAUCAGGUGGAGACCACCCCUCUCCGAGAGGAAAAGCAGGUGCCCAUCGCCCCCUUGCACCUGUCCUCUGAGGAUAGAAGUGACCGGCUCUCUACGCAUGAACUGACCUCUCUGCUGGAAAAGGAGCUGGAACAGAGCCAAAAGGAGGCCUCAGACCUUCUGGAGCAGAACCGGCUCUUGCAGGACCAGCUGAGGGUGGCACUGGGCCGUGAGCAGAGUGCCCGGGAGGGCUACGUGCUCCAGACUGAAGUGGCCUCCUCCCCGUCGGGUGCCUGGCAGAGGCUCCAUAAAGUCAACCAAGACCUCCAAAGUGAGCUGGAAGCCCAGUGCCAGCGACAGGAGCUGAUCACACAGCAGAUUCAGACCCUGAAACGUAGCUAUGGGGAGGCCAAGGAUGCAAUCCGGCACCACGAGGCCGAGAUCCGGAGCCUUCAGGCAAGGCUCAGCAAUGCCGCUGCCGAGCUGGCCAUCAAGGAGCAGGCGCUGGCCAAGCUCAAGGGCGACCUGAAGCUGGAGCAGGACAGGGUUCGUGAGCAGUUGGAGGAGCGGCAGCACAGCGAGGCAGCACUCAGUGGUCAGCUGAGGGCCAGCGAGCAGAAGCUUAAGAGUGCUGAGGCCCUCCUGCUGGAGAAGACACAGGAGCUUCGGGACCUGGAGACCCAGCAGGCACUGCAGCGAGACCGUCAGAAGGAGGUGCAGAGGCUCCAGGAGCGUAUUGCUGACCUCAGCCAGCAGCUGGGCGCCAGUGAACAGGCCCAGCGGCUGAUGGAGGAGAAACUGCAGAGGAACUAUGCACUGCUGCUGGAGAGCUGUGAGCAGGAGAAGCAGGCGCUGCUGCAAAACCUGAAGGAGGUGGAGGACAAGGCCAUUGCCUAUGAGGACCAGCUACAGGGCCAUGCGCAGCAAGUGGAGGCCCUCCAGAAGGAGAAGCUGAGUGCCAAGUGCGAGGGCAGUGAGCAGGUGCACCAGCUGGAGGAGCAGCUGGAGGCCCGGGAGGCCAGUAUCCGCCAGCUUGCUGAGCACGUGCAGAGCCUCCACGAUGAGCGAGACCUCAUCAGACAGCGGUUCCAAGAACUGAUGGAGCGUGUGGCUGCUUCUGACGGGGACGUGGCUGAGCUUCAGGAGAAGCUGCGGGGAAGAGAGGCUGACUACCAGAGCCUGGAGCACUCACACCACAGGGUCUCUGACCAACUGCAGAGCAUGCGCACUCUUCUGAGAGAGAAGGAAGAAGAGCUGAAGCACAUCAAGGAAGUCCAUGAGAGAGUUCUGGAAAAGAAAGAUCAAGACCUCAAUGAGGCUUUGGUUAAAAUGGUUGCUUUGGGUAGCAGCUUAGAGGAGACAGAAAUUAAGCUGCAGGCAAAGGAAGAGAUUUUACGGAAAUUUGCAAAUGAGUCUGCAAAGGAUAUGGAAGAAUCACAGAGUACCCUGGAGGAAACCGAGGAGCAGGGUGUUUCACUCUUGAGCCAGCAGCUGCCAGCUACUGGGGCAACUCCAGACUUACCACAGACACAGCCGGGGGAUGAGGAUGUGGGAAUUAGUGCAGGGGAAGAGUGUGGUGUUAGCGGUCCCAGCAGAGAAGAAGGCACAGUGCCCCCAAAGACCAUGGACGUGACAGACAGGGAGGGACAUCUGCAGAGCACAGCCAAGUCUGAGCAGGGAGCACCUGGUAUUAAAAGGCAAAGAAUCCGAUUUUCUACAAUCCAGUGCCAAAGAUACAUCCACCCCGAGGGGUCUGAGAAGACCUGGACCAGCAGCACAUCCUCAGACACCAGCCAGGACCGGUCGCCCUCAGAGGAGAGCAUGUCCCCCAGCACGCUGCCCACAGCUGGAGACUCAGACACGUACCUCUCCAUCAUCCAUUCCUUGGAGACCAAGCUCUACGUCACAGAGGAGAAGCUCAAGGAUGUGACCCUGAGGUUAGAGAGCCAGCAGGGCCAGAGCCGAGAGGCUUUGCUCGCGUUGCACCACCAGUGGGCUGGCACCGAGGCACAGCUGCGAGAGCAGCUCCGUGCCAGCCUGCUGCAGGCUGGCGCACUGGCCUCCCAGUUGGAGCAGGAGAGACAGGAGAGGGCCACAGGCAUUGGGACCCAUGUCGGGGAGUUAGGGGGCUUUCAGGCAAAAAACAGCCAGGCCCUGGUAUGCCUAGAAAACUGCCGAGAACAGCUAAGGUCUCUGCCGUGGGCCAGCCAGGAGGACAAGCAGGACGCACAGGCAGCCUCCCUGGCCAGUGUGGAGAGCGCACUCCUGAGCGCGAUCCAGGCCCUGCAGUCCUGGCCAGCGCCUGCAGACAGCACAGCCCAGGCAGGACAGGGAGAGGAGCACUGCCUGGAGAGCAGGGUGGCAGCCCCAGCACAGCAGCCCUGCCAGCCCGUGCUGAGUGAGGAGGAGCAAGUGAAGCUGCUUUCUGAUCAGAUAGCCCUGGAGGCCUCCCUGAUCAACCAAAUAGCAAGCUCUCUUAAGAACACCACCUCAGAUGUGUCUCGUGUUCUCCAGGAGAUUGCUCAGUCAGGAGAAUGGCUGCUGGAGGGAGAAGGUGCCACUGUCUCUUCCAGGGCUUCCGCAGAGGCCUGGGCCAGGAAGGUGCUGGUGGACAGUGAGUUCUGGAGCCAAGUCGAGUCCCUAAGCAAGCACCUGGAGACCCUGGGAGGAGAGGCAGCCAGCACACCAGGAGGCGGACAGCAGCACAUCCCCCAAGGCCUAACGGACGCCACAUGGGUCCGGGCGGAGCUCAGCUUUGCUACACAGUCAGUGAGGGAGUCGCUGCACCGUAGGCUGCAGACUGUGCAAGAGACCCUGCAGGGAACUCAGGCAGCCCUGCAGCAGCACAAGUGCGCCCUGGAGGAAAUCCUGGGGGCCUACCAAACCCCAGACUUUGAGAGAGUGAUACAGCAGGUUUCGGAAGCCCUGCGGGGUCCAGCAGAUAGGGAGGAUGGUGUGCACAUGUCCUCAGGCCUGAGUCCACCUGGAAAAGUGCUGAGCCCUGGCACAGCGGAGGACUCCCAGGAGCCCUUGCAUGUGUCUCAGCAGAGCCCCAGGGCCCUUAUUGCUAUUCAAGAAGAGCUUGCCCAGCAGCUGAGAGAGAAGGCCAGCAUCCUGGAGGAGAUCUCCGCUGCCCUGCCAGCUCUGCCACCUGCGGAGUCAUUGAGGGACUGCCGAAAGCUUCUGCAGACCUCCCAGAGUCUCUCGUACAACGCUUGCUUGGGAGGCCUCGGUCAGUACUCUUCAUUAUUGGUUCAGGAUGCAAUUACUCAGGCUCAGGUGUGCUAUGCAGCCUGUAGAAUUCGGCUGGAGUAUGAAAAGGAGCUCCAGUUUUAUAAGGAGUCUUGGCAGGCCAAGGGGACCUCCUGCCAGGAGCAGGCGAGAGCAAUUGGAGUGCUGCGGGAAGAAUACGAAGAGCUGCUCCGCAAGCAGAAGAGCGAGUACCUGGAGGUGAUCGCCCUCAUCGAGAGGGAAAAUGCUGAGCUCAAGGCCAAGAUGAGCCAGUGGGACCACCAGCAGAGGCGUCUGGAGGAAGUGGAGAGCAAGCACAGCGAGAGCAUGUUUGCCUUGCAGGGCCGGUACGAGGAGGAGAUCAGAUGUGUGGUGGAGCAGCUGAACCGCACUGAGAACACCCUGCAGGCCGAGCGCAGCCGAGUGCUGAGCCAGCUGGACGCCUCCGUCAGAGACAAGCAGGACAUGGAGCGGCAGCACGUGCAGCAGAUGCAGACUCUGGAGGACAGGUUCCAGCUUAAGAUCAAAGAGCUGCAGGUCAUCCACGAGGAGGAGCUGAGGGCCCUGCAGGAGCACUACGCACAGAGCCUUCGGCACCUGCAGGAGACCCUCCGCCUGUGCCAGCAGCAGCACCCGGAGGCUCCGCCCACCCCCUGCCUGCACUGGGAGUCUCAGCCCAGGGCGGCACCACAUCAGGCUGCCCCACCGGCUGCUGCUGGGGAGGCCGACUCCAUGACAGGGCUCCGGGAGCGCAUCCAGGAGCUGGAGGCCCAGAUGGACAUCAUGCGGGAGGAGCUAGGCCACAAGGAGCUGGAGGGCGACUCGGCCACACUGCGGGAGAAGUACCAGCGGGACUUUGAGAACCUCAAGGCCACGUGUGAGCGGGGCUUUGCUGCAAUGGAAGAGACGCACCAAAAGAAGAUUGAGGACCUGCAGAGGCAGCACCAGCGGGAGCUGGAGAAGCUGCGGGAGGAAAAGGACCGCCUCCUGGCCGAGGAAACUGCCGCCACCAUCUCAGCCAUCGAAGCCAUGAAGAACGCCCACAGGGAGGAGAUGGAGCGUGAGCUGGAGAAGAGCCAGCGGUCCCAGAUCAGCAGCAUCAACUCAGACAUUGAAGCCCUGAGGCGGCAGUACCUGGAGGAGCUGCAGUCGGUGCAGCGGGAGCUGGAGGUCCUCUCGGAGCAGUACUCGCAGAAGUGCCUGGAGAACGCCCACCUGGCCCAGGCCCUGGAGGCCGAGAGGCAGGCCCUGCGGCAGUGCCAGCGCGAGAACCAAGAGCUCAACGCCCACAACCAGGAGCUGAAUAACCGCCUAGCUGCAGAGAUCACACGGUUACGGACACUACUGACUGGGGACGGCGAUGGGGAGGCUGCUGGGUCACCGCUCACACAGGGAAAGGAUGCCUACGAGCUAGAGGUCUUGUUGCGGGUCAAGGAAUCAGAGAUACAGUAUCUGAAGCAGGAGAUCAGCUCUCUCAAGGAUGAGCUCCAGACAGCACUACGGGACAAAAAAUACGCUAGUGACAAAUACAAAGACAUUUACACAGAGCUCAGCAUCGCAAAGGCCAAGGCAGACUGUGAUAUCAGUAGGUUGAAAGAGCAGCUGAAAGCGGCUACAGAAGCACUGGGGGAAAAGUCCCCCGAGAGCACUGCUGUGGCAGGCUAUGACAUAAUGAAGUCUAAAAGCAAUCCUGACUUUCUGAAGAAAGACCGAUCCUGUGUCACCCGGCAACUCAGAAGUAUCAGGUCCAAGAGUCUGAAGGAAGGCCUGACGGUGCAGGAGCGGCUGAAGCUCUUUGAAUCCAGGGACUUGAAGAAAGACUAGCUGUGUCCCGUGCCACUCAACACACCCUUCCUGGCUGGUGACAGCACAACCUGAGCGCGGCUUUUUGUCUGUACCUUUCUUUUAUCAUUGUUGUUACUGUCGUUAACUGUGGGUAUGGAUACGUGACAGACUGGUGUGUGGGUUGUCCACACCAUUCCAACUUCCUGUUGUGUUUAUCACCACUUUCUUCACGUGGUUUUCUGAGACGGGUCAGGCCCCAGCAGUGGGGUGGUGAGCACCACCCGCAUCCGAGUAGAGCCCUUCUCGACGUCCACCGCACUCACUGUCAGUAUUAAGGCGCAGCAGCCUGUCAGUAAGCUAGCCCCGUCUCAGAGUGCGGUGUGGAGGUCUGGCCCGCGCUCCAGCUCUGCUGCUCCCAGCGCGGCACCACCAGGCGGGCACGGCCCCUGUUGGUCAGAGAAGAGCCACCUUGAUGUCCUGAUUUGACCUGUGCCACGGUGCAGGCAAUUUGCCGGCCUGGGUGCUGGAGGGGACAGCGACCCAGACGGGUGUGCAGCCUGUGAGCACUGCCUUUUGACCUGGGAGGAGGACGGCAUUUUGUAUUUGCUCCACUAAUGCAGCUUAGAACCACGCCCUAAAUAAUCCUGGCUAACUUUCACAACCUGGAAAAUGUGGAAAGCAACCAUUCCUAUUUUUGUUUGUUUUUUAUUAAAUCUUGCACAAAACCCCAGACCCCUCUCAUUCCUUCCUCGCUCGUGCCUCCCUGUCCUGCAGCAGCCUAGUCCUGUCCUCACACCGGGACAGCUGACCUGCUGCCUGGGGCUUCAGCCUGAUUGCAGAAAGGGAUGUAUGUCCUGAGGUAGUCCUCCAAAGGGGAAAAAGAUGCUCGUUUUAAAAAAUCUUUGAAGAGAAAUUGUAAUGUUGCUUUGAAAAGGCUGAGAGCCAGGCCCCUCUGUUAAGUCAAGAGGAAGUCCAGAGGAUGUCGGACCCUGGAGAGAACAGCCAGCAGUACAUGCUUAGGACUGUGAUCAGUGUGAGCUCUGCAAAGUUCCAGUGGAGCAAGUACCUCCAGCGGACCUAGUUGAAGUGAACCUGCGCAAAGAAGUUUGCUUUUCUAACAUUCUGAGACUUCUUUUUGCACUGCCCUAGAAUGUUCUGCAGCACUUCCUGAAAAUCUCCUGCAUUGAGAUCUGUAUUCUAGUCCUGUAAAAACUAUUUGUUUCGUUAAGAUUGGCAUAUUAACAGAGUUCCUGCUGUGUAAGAGUGAGGUGGGAGCGUCACAAGUGCAUGCCUGGAGGACCCCACCUCCAGGUCCACUGGCUCCACUGCCAAAGCUUCUACUUUGUGCUGAUCUUGAGUUGUCUGGAAGGUCUCUGGAUGCGUGGAUGCUUUGGGAAUAAAAACACAGAAAUCCCCUUGCUCAGUUCUUAGAUUAGUUAAUGGGCAGAGUUACCAGGUUGUCUCACCCACCCCGGUGCAUGGACAGGAGUCACUGGUUUGCAGCUUGCCUGGUGUGCCCUCCCUGGGUGUGGCUGGCCCUGCCCAAGCUCCAAGCUGCCCUUUGUCAUGAGCUUUUGAGUCCUCACCCACACUGUUGUUCCUUUGCUACUUACUGUUCCACGUUUUCAACAGCAAGAGCAAAUUAAAUGUUUUAAACAUCUGCUUUUCAGACACAUCCCACCACGCAGAUCGGCAGCCCUGAGAAAUGGCCAUGACCUCUCUGUGCUGUGCUCAGUGCAGGCAGCUGUUCACUGGGACCCUGCAGGGGCACGCUGUGCCUGGUCUCCGGGUACUGCGAUCUCACCUGGUUCCCUGAGAGUCACUGCAUUUCCUGCUCUAGCAGUUUCUUUGUGACCAUCCUCAAUGCCCUAGGGACCCUCUGGCCCUGCUUCAGGCAGCUCCCUGCCUACUUCCCUCCCAGGUGCUGCAGGAGAUGCGCUCCAUCUGCCUUCAAACUGCACAGUUCUCUGAAUAAAGGCAGGUUGACCUACAGGGCAAAAGAGCAUUUUAUUUGUUUUUCUUUAUCACUGUUCUGUCCCUUGAGGCUGGACCUCAGAACGCCUAGAAAAUAAUCUUGUUAAGUGCAGCAUUUGGAGGUGAAAGGGAAGGACCAGGGAGACCGGUGAGUGGACACCUGCACUUCUCCCAUCACUGCGGUUUCUUGGUGAGGACCCCGUAGUUGACAUGAGACAGCAGGACUUCCUGCCGGUUUGGCGGGUGUGUGUGUCACCAGAGAAGGACUGUGGACAUGGAGCUGGCAGGGUUUGGGCUGCUCUGCUGCGGCUUCCUAGUGUCAGCUGCACCUGCCAGGCAGCUCUGAGCAGUGCCAGUGGGGCGGCCACAGCUCGGUUCGAGAGGAGUCUGAGCUUCCUGCUCUUGGGUUCUGCUCUUCAGCCAGAGAGAGUGCAGACACUCCUCCUGUGUCACCAGAUGUGUCCCGGGGCAGAAGCUGCGUGGCGGCCACACUGCCACAGGCACACGCCGCACAGACAGGAGAGGUGAAACAGGAAGAGGAGCUGGUUUGUGCGCUGGUAGACUGAGGUCCUCUGCGGGGCAGCUGCAGGUGCAGGGUCUGCGCGCUGGGCUGUGCCGGGUGCCGGGAGCCUUGGCCACACGCAGAGCCCACAAGCAGUGGCAAGCUUGCCCCACGUCACAGCGAGGGGACUGUGAAGUGGAUAUACUACACGGUUCUGUUUUCCUAUAAAUACUCAUUUGAUAAUCUGCCAGUACAUGCAAGCAAGCCAGGCUAAAGACUAGUGGGGAAACCAUUUGUCCGACAGCUUUUAGUAUGAAAAUCUGCGCAGAUGGCCUUGUGUGCAAACCCACACCCACACACAGUACAGCCAUGUUCCGCUGGUCAGGUUGUCGGCAUGUGUGGUAUCCAGCGCGUACGAAUGGCCACAGGCCGUGGGAGGGCACCACCUGCAGCCACCCAGGUGCAUGUGCGUCUCAGGGGGGCUGGAGCCCUAAAGCUGGCGGUCUGGAGUCGAGAAGGGCCCUGGGCUGAGAUGAAACAGCCUGUAUCCUGGGAGGCCAGGGAGUGAGUUGGGAACACGAAGGUUGGUCAAGUAAGUGCUAAAGGCAGAGUAGAGACUCUUUCAGGUUCAGCAAGCUCAAAGGCAGAAGAGCACCAGGUACAGGCCCGCACGCUGGGCAGAAAGCAACAGACCAGCAAGAAUGCUUGUGCACUAGCUUUGGAUCCAGUGACUCACUCACUGACCAUGGCUCCUGCAAGCCAGACUCGGCGGAGGGAAGUUCAGUUACUAAAACAAUGCAGUUGGGUCAGGGAUGUAGCUCAGGGGAACAGCGCCUGCCUGGCAAGCGCAAGGCCCUGAGUUCAAUUCUCAGUACCAAAAAGCAAAAAAGGAUGCAGUUGUAAACCUCAAAGUAUGCCCAGAAGGAAUCCUGAAAGCGCCAGGAAGCAAAGCGGGUGGCUUGGAAGCCAUUAAGGAAUGUCUGUACUGCUGUUCACCUCCCUGUACAGGUACACACAGGACUUACUCUUGUCCACAUGGAAGUGCUGGGAACUGCACCAAGUCUUUUUCAUCACUAAUGACUGGCUUUCGGGGGUAGCUGGGUGACACAUGGCCUGCUGAAUCUGGCAGGCCCUGCACCAGGGCCCCCCAGGUGAGUGAGCAGGGCCCCAGCAGUGUGCCCACACCAGCAAGCAGGCUUUCCCUGGCUUCCAACUGUCCCCUGCUUCCCAAACACCAGGGCUAGAUGAGCAACCUCAGGCCCCACGUCGCCUGAUGUCAGGGAGGGGUCACGGGGUUCGGCAUCCCCACUCCUGCACCUCUGAGCAUCCAGCGGGGACCACCGUGCACCUUCAGCAAGCAACACUCCACAGCUGAACACAGGAAGAGCCAGCUGGGAGGGAGGCACAGUAAUACCGCCAGCUGAAGGCUCUUCAGCAGAAGGGGACAAGGCAGCACAGGAAUGCAUCCGCACCUCUCCUGGGCCUGCCACAAAAGACACCACCCGCCUCUUUGUACCUUCUGGGAGUCUCGGGUGUUUCUUUGCAAAGAGAGAAUGUCCGCCUCCUGACCAGAGCAAGGGCAGCAGUAACAAACCGGUGGCUCAGAGACAGGACAAACUGCCGUCUGAGCCCACAGAGGGUCAGGUCCUCAGGUGCUGCCUUUAAUUUCUUCAGCUCCCUGUAUAUUAUUCAGAGCAAGCAGUGUAAAUAUUACUGACAAGUGACUGUACUUUUAUGAAGAAGUUUCGUGGGUUUUUUAAAACUCUUACAUGGGAGAGGACACCUUUGGGUACACACUGGAACUCUACCCAGCAUCAUAAGUACAUGUUUUUAAUGACUUCUAUCUUUUUAAAAGCCUUGGUCAUAUAACAGAUGGUUUUAAAAGAAUGUAUAGUAUCUAAAACAGUAGUAAUCCCCCAUCCAUAGCUUUGCAUUGAAAGUAUUCUAUAACCCCUUCUUGGAGCCAUUCAGAGUCAAGGAAAAGCGGGAAAAUGAGAGCUAUGUCUUGAUCAGUCUGUUGUGCACAGUAAUUCCAGGCCUUUCAUUGUGGGCAGGUGUGGCCGAAGUCACAGUCUGCUGUCAGGUCCAAAUCCUUGGUUUCUACAGCUUCUGGGACUCCUCAGGGCUGUGUUCAGAGGUGUCUGGCUGUAUCGUGUAACUCCACAGAGAUCGCCAAGCUUGAAAGGCGUCUUAGCAAUACCUGAUUUCUAUGAAAUCAGUGAGGAGACAGUCACAGAAGAGUUAAGGAUUGGACAGUCCAGUACUUGAGGACGGCCUGUAGGACACUGUUGUGUUCUGUGGUUCGCAGCAGUGAGCUGAGGUUGCAGCUUCUGUGGCAGAGCAUGCAACUCUGAUUCACCAUAAAGAAAGAAGUUUGGGGAAAGGUAGCUGUCCUGAGACACGGACAGCCCCCUGCAGCCUGCCACAGUCAGCAUGCCCUUGGCUCUGCCCCUUCAGAAGUCAGUUAUCACGUUUUAUUUUAGCUAGGGUAGAUUAUAAAGAACACUAAAUUCACUAUUGUUUUUCACAAAACUUCAAAUAAAAUGGGUUUGAAAGGAUUUUAGGAUUUACCUUUAAUAUUAAUGACAUUUACUGAUUUAAUGUUAGGAUUUAAGACCAAUUAAGUGAUAAUUAACUCAUGUGGUUUUCCUCAGGAAAUAUUUAUGAAGUGUAAAGUAUCCCAAGUGGCUCCUCAACAAUUAGAAUUCUCAGUAAUCUUUCUCACAAAUACACCCUCCUCCUAAGAAGGUGUGACUGUCUCUCGGUUUAGCUAACAAAGCGUACUGCCGGACUUCCUGGGGAGCUGAUCAUGAACAGAGUAAGGCAUGUGUGUGACCGCUGUCUGCUGCAACAGCUCUGGGAGGAAUCCAGGGAACCACUUCUGCCACACCUGCUUCCGCAGUCACGUGACAAACGUUCAGCGAACAGGCAUGCGUCAUUUUAACUGUUUAGCUCUGUUCUAAUGCUAAAUGAUCAUGCCUACCGACGCAGAAGUGUGUGCAGGAGAAAUCUGAGGCCUGAUGGACCAGGUAGAUAGAUCACGUGUGCGGCUGCCCCGGGGUCAACUCAGGUCUCAGGUCUGAGAGGCCCCUGGACCCCAUGACCCACAGCAGUCAGCUUCCACCAGACACAGCCCUCGGAACUAAACACCUCACCCUGCACACACACACAAUUCGACUUUGUGGUUCAGAUUGAGGCACUUUUUUCUUACAACAUUUGUGAUCAAGUAUUCAUUACAACUGAAGUGUGACUUUGUCAAAAUAUUUGUGUGACAUGCUAGAUGCCCAUGGAUGUAGCUGACCAUUUUUAUUUUGUAAAUAUUACCAAACCACAUGAACUGCAUCACAAUAAACUAUUUUUGCAUCCUCUUUUG